AUGUAUGCUUGGGUCUGCACAAAGCCUGAAAUUGCAUAUGUAGUUGGAAUGUUGGAUAGAGAUCAAGAUAACCCAGGUUUGGACCAUCGGAGAGCUGCAAAGAAAGUCAUGCGAUACGUUCAGGGGACUAAGUACUAUAAGCUUACAUAUAGUCAUUCUGAUCAUUUAGAAGUGAUUGAAUAUUCAGAAACUGAUUUUGUUGGUUGCCCUGGCUCAAGAAAGUCAACAUCAGGAUAUGUCUUCUUAUUAGCAGGAACGACCAUUUCUUGGAGAAGUGCAAAACAAUUUUUGGUUGCUACUUCUACCACUGAAGCAAAGUUUGUAUCAUGUUUUGAAGCGACAUCACAGGCUAUGUGGUUAAGGAGAUUUAUUUUUGGGCUUGGAGUUGUUGACUCAAUUUCCAAGCCAUUGAGGAUAUACUAG